AUGUUGCACAUCGUUUUUUUUUUUUUCCUUUUGUUCUUCCUCUCUUUUUUCUUCAUCUUUUUUCUCUUUUUUUUUCUGUUUCUCCUCAUUUUUUUUACUUGCUUUUCGUUUUCUUUUCUGUCUUCUUUUUCGUCUAUUUCUUCUUAUUUUGUCGCCCACUUAGUUUAUUACCUGGUAAUCCUCAUCAGCAUAAUCUUCCUUUUUCUUUCUUUCCUUUUCUCUUUCUUUCUUUCUUUCUUUCUUUCUUUCUUUUCAUCGUACCCUUUUCUAUUUCUCCUUAUUGUAUUUUUGUCUUCUUAUUUUGGCUCAUACGUUUUUUUUGUUGUUGUUAGAUGGUAUCAUUCUUCCUUUUUUUGUCUUUUUUUAUUCUGCCUUUUUUCCAAUGUCUUCUUUUCCCCUUAUCUUUUUUUUUUAUUUCGCAUCCCUCUUUGCUUGUUAACUGGAUCUCAACUCCCACUUUCUUUCUUUCUUUCUUUCUUUCUUUCUUUCUUUCUUUUUUCUUUCUUUCUUUCUUUCUUUCUUUCUUUCUGCUUGCUUUUCGUUUUCUCUCUACUUUUGUUUCCUUUUCUUCUUAUUUUGUCGCCCUCUUUGUUUGACAAAUGGUACUCCUCAUCGGCAUAA